AUAAUGAUGUGCCGAGCAAUUGAAAAACAAAAUCGGGCAUUCCUGGCUGGUGGGAGCAUGGCUUUGUUUGUUCCGUGAUAGCUCCACCCAUGGCAUGCCAGGCGGCCACCCAUCAAUUGUGUUAUUUUUGGACCGCUUGUUAGCGACGUCCUCAUAAUGAAAAAGGCGACCACUGCAAGACAUUAUUACUCCCACGAUGGUGCCCGACUCAUUGAGAACAAUGUUGUGAUAGGUGGUUGCAUCGUUCACAGCAGGUCCGUACCGGGUGUCGGGUUUAAUUCGGCCUGGCAUAGGGGCCGUGACAGCACGCUCUUUAAGCGCGUCAUUGAGUUUCUGUACAGUGUUGUCCCAGACUGCCAUACAACAGCUGGAUCUGAUAUGAGUAUGGGACCCUUGGAAAAUGCAUGGACGCAACACAAGGGCAGCAGCUGUGUCUGCGAGGUGGAGGAGGACACCACGCGGACCCUGCUGCCCCUCGGCUGCUCCUCCGCCGGGGUGGUGGCCGGCCGCGGCUCGCCGGACCGGCCGCCCGAUGUCCUCACGGCCGACUCGCCCCCCAACCAACAACAGGACCAGCGGCAGGAGGCGCAGGGCUGCGCUCGGGACGCCGGCGGCGGCGGCGGGGGGAAGCCUCGGACGCAGCGCAAAGCAAAGGCGGUCCAGCGGAGGGUGAGCCAGUGUCGACUGGGACAUCAUCUCGCCUUCUUCCACUACCUGAAGCGCGUCGAGUCGAGAACGGGCUUCUGGGAGAAGCACACGACCCAGCACCUGCUACUGCACAAGGACGACGAGGUGAAAGGUCACAAGGAUAAGCAUUUUAAGACACCGAUUGGACUGGCGGAAAUAAAACCUUGCCACAAGAAAAAGCACCAUGAUAAGACUGAUCCCGAUGACUCCGAGUCGGACAAAUCGGACGACGCGAUCGAGCAGCUGAACAAGGAGAACUCGCGCAAGUCGCGGCAGUCGAUGGGCGCGGCCGGCGGCGACGGUGCCGCCGCCGGGCUCGGCCAGAGCCGCAGCUGGUCGGUGCGAGCCGCCGUGGAGCGAGUGCAGUCCAAGGUGACGCCGGGCAACACGCCGCUGGCCAGGCCCGGCGCCCGCAAAACCAAGAGGGACGUGAGCGGCGUGAACGGCGACGACGGCGACGACGACGACGAGGAGGGCUCGGUGACGGAGAAGGAGACGGACGAGGAGUCGCCCGCGGCGGGGGACAGCGACCCGCAGAGCGAAGGGGCGAUCGCGACGGGCCCCGCCGCCGUCAAUGGGCGACCGACGGACGACGAGGCCCGCGUGGACAUUGCGAGAGUUAGGAAAUGCUCGCUCGUGGCAGAGAAAGCUGUCGCCGCCGCCGCCGCUGCCACCACUGCUGUCACCGCUGCUGCCGUAGAGCCGCCUCCUGUUCUGCCGAGUCCUUGUAAAGACUUCUCGGCAAAGUCGCAGGACAAAGGCCUAUCGAGCUGCACGAAUUCCCAGGGUGCGGAAGGCGGAAAGGACAAGAGGGAGGCAGACACCAAGAAGAGGGCGACCGAGGGGAAAGGUCCCAAAGAGGACAGCAAGAAGAGCAAAGUCGACGAGGGGAACGAUGCGAAGGUUGCACCCGUUGUUACCCAGACAAAGGAGCUGAAGAUAAAGAGCAAAGCCUCUCCGGGCGACGCCCCGAGCAAAAUACCGAGCGAGGCUCAGAAGAAGUCACCGAGCAAGGCAACGUUGGGCGACGGGCCGAGCUUGCCUACGGGCGGCGCUCCGAGCAAGGGGCCGAGCGAUGGCCAGAGCAAGCCGACGGGCAAGGGACUGAGUGCGACUGAGAGCAAGGACUCGAGUGAGACUCAAGUGGGCACGGUGCAGGCCGAGUCUGAAGAAACGCCGAACUCAGAGGCUUCCGACGACGUUUUAGAUGACUGCCCUCCACCUCCGGCUCCGUUUGAACACCGCAUGGUGGUGCCACAGAGCGAAGCGGUCAGCACCUCCUACUCCAUCAAGCAGAAGGACGUGCUAGGAGGGGGACGGUUUGGACGGGUCCACAAGUGUGUUGAAAGAACGUCUGGAAUGACGCUGGCUGCCAAGGUCAUCAAGGCCAAAGGAGUGAAGGAAAAGGACGAAGUGAACAACGAAAUCAGCAUCAUGAACCAGCUGAAGCACAACAACCUCCUGCAGCUGUACGACGCGUUCGAGUCCAAGAAUGACUUCGUCCUCAUUAUGGAAUACAUACACGGCGGGGAGCUGUUUGACCGCAUUGUGAGCGAGGACUACAAUCUCACCGAGCUGGACGCCAUUAUCUUCAUCCGGCAGAUCUGCGAAGGGAUCCACUACAUGCACCAGCAGUACAUCUUGCACCUGGAUCUCAAGCCAGAAAACAUCCUCUGCGUCAACCGGAAAGGAAACCAGAUCAAGAUCAUUGACUUUGGCCUGGCCAGGAGGUACAAGCCGAGGGAGAAGCUGAAGGUGCACUUUGGAACCCCGGAGUUCUUGGCGCCGGAGGUGGUGAACUACGACUACGUCUCGUUCCCUACCGACAUGUGGUCUCUGGGAGUCAUCGCCUACAUGCUGCUAAGCGGGCUGUCCCCCUUCAUGGGCGAGGACGACAACGAGACCCUGACCAACAUCGUGAACGUCAACUGGGACUUUGACGACGAAGCCUUUGAGAACGUGUCGGAAGAAGCCAAAGAUUUCAUCUCUCGGCUACUCAUCAAGGAAAAGAGUGGCCGAAUGAGUGCGUCUCAGUGCCUGAAGCACAAUUGGUUAGUCAAUCUCUCGGAGCGCGCAAAGAAAUGUAAGGUUCGCCUGAAGUCACAGCUGCUUCUGCAUACGUACAUGGUGCGACGGAUGUGGAAGAAAAACUUCUUUGCUGUAACAGCGGCGAACAGACUUCGCAAAAUCAGCAGCUCCACCAGCCUGGCCUUGGAAGGAAGUGAAAAAUGAAACCAAGUUGUUCAGUGCAUUGCUCAGCUCUGCACGAGUCACUCAGAUUAGCUUGGUUUUUUUGACCAUUUUUACCCAAAAGUGCCUCGAUCGUACUAGUAGCGUCAUGUGACAGAACUAAGUCUCCAUUCGGAGCUCCUGAAGUGCAGUGCCACCGUUCGUGUGCGAGAAUGGCCCACGGAAGUAGAUAUCGCAGAGCCGCCUCUGAGAUUGUUUAAAAUUGACCUCUAAAGGUGGCUUGGUUUCUAAAUGUCAGCGGAGUCAGUGAGCUCCGAUCUCCACAAAAGAUGGAAUGAGUCUGGCGUUCAUGAAGUCAGGCGUGUGCUCGAGAUGGAUGCGGCUGUAAAUUGUGCAGGCAUUUUAAUGUGGAGCCUCUUCACUUCCGUCACUAGGUUCCACUCCCAAUGUAGCAAAUAAAAACUAGUUUUAGGAUUAGUGCGAUUAAAGGAAAGUUCAUGUUUUAAAAUGGAAAGAUCAUGUAUUUGUAAGUCAAGCAUUACUAAGCGUGUAAGAGUAGGCCAGAUAUCCUGUCGAUGGGCUCUCCAGAGCUCCCUGACGAGAGCUCCCCCUAGUGGAGGCCCUUCCGCCUGCAGGGGUGGGAGAAAUAGAUUCAGGGCUGCACCUUUACCGUUCCCUUUCACACGACAGUGUUUGGGUAUGCGGAAAUUUUACGUGAUAUUUUCUGAUUGAGUAAUUGGUUAGCAUGCACUGUUUAAGAAACGCAACGUUGAAUAAAGUUGUUUGCGUGGAAUUUAUACACUUAACUAUCAAUAAAUUGUAAUUUUAUUGUACAUUAUAUCUGGAUGGUUUUAUAUUCCUAUCAUGAAACUCUAGGAUAAUGCAAUGCCAAGCAAAGCUUUUGACAUUCAAUAUAAAUUGAAGCUUGGAGUGGUUUAUCUGAUUUUUUUUUUACAUUUAGCAUGUUCGACUUAUUUUUUGUAACAACAUAGCAACUUGAGUAUUUAAUUACAGUAGGGAAUUACGAAGUAAAUCUGAAUUUGUGCAGGCAUUGUAUUUUAUAUGAGGAAAUGAUAACUGCUAUGAGGAUGCAUAUAUUAUAUACGUCGAUUAAUUUGCACAUGCCUCUCUCCCUGUUUGACCUUUUGUGUUACUGCUGCAUAAGCACACGUACAGGAGAGGCGGAACCCAUUGAUUGUAGAGUGCGGGUUAGGUCAAACUGCCUCGCACACCAGGCACAAAGCACCAGCGAUGUCCGUAUUUAAUCUACCUUCCCUAUGUACAAGAGGGAGUGCUCUUGCCAAUAACGCCUGGUCAUCUUAUCAGUAUUUUUAACACAACAAGCCUCUGCCCAUGAGACUCAAAGUUUGCUUGUUUAAACAAAUGCUGCUGGAGAAUAUAAGUCUGGAAGACCAUUUGGCUUAUGGGAUGAAAAAAAUAUAUAUAUUUUUACGUGGAGUGACAGAGUAUGUUAAUUUAUUGUAUUCUCCAUGCACAUAUCGGCUAGCCUAGUUACGCUUGCAUACACACACUGGGAAUAAACUCUCUUGCAUUGAGUGGAAAAAAAUGUAACUUGUGGUAUGUGAACUUUUACGCAACUGCAUACUGGCAGAAACAUUAUUAAACGUUUUGAGGAAUACCGUUUUUUUCUUGAUGAUAGAUGGAUCAUUUGUCAAUGUCCUUGCACGUGGUAUUGUAUAAAGUAAUUUGCACAUUUGCAUAUUAUUGAAUUGCAUUAAUUAGUUCGUCCAAAGUCAUGGAGAUGUGGAUGACGAUGUCUCUUUAUUUUGCUAGAAUCUCAAGAUAUCAAGUUGUUUUACCAGGAUGUUUUGUUCAAUAUUCAAUGCACUUGUUUAUUUUUAUUGUUCUGUUUUUAUAAAGGGUUACCGACGGGCUAGGAAAAUAAUACACACGAUAAGCUAACACAACAAACGUAUUCUGACGUUUUUAAAACUUAAAAAAAAUAUCCCCUGUGCACAAUAUUGUGAUUUUUGUUAGCUAUUUAUGUGUGCUCAUAUAAAAUCAUCUCUAAGGUCACAGUUUAUCCCAAAAUUAGAAAUAUAUCAUGAUAGUACUUGGAAAAGAUUGUUUAAAAAUCACAUAAAAAAGUUCCCAAGCGGUAUUUGCGAAAAUGAUUUGCCCUAAGGCUGUGAGAUCUAAAUGUUUGGUUUUUUUCUCUCAGCAAUGUAGUAGGCGUGUAUUGAUUCAGCAAAGUAAAGGCAAGCUACCCAAUGUGUUGUCGUGUUGUCCCAAGACGUACCGCCAGGCAUGGUGCCUGACGUUUUGCUCCGCUUACUGGGAGCUUCAGGAACUGCAUUCGGUUCUUGAAGAAGCUCCCCGGCACAUGGAAAAGCUCUCAAACACGCGGAAUGGAACGUCAGACAUCAUGUUGAACAAAACGCGGUACAACCUAAAAACUUAGUAAUGUAAAGUUCAACUUUAUUAAAAAAAAUCAUACGGCAUUGUGCGUUAUGCUAGCACCCUUCUGAUGGGACUAAAUUGUAGGCCAUUGACUCAGGGUCAACUCUUAAGACGAGAUCGGUUCAUCGGCUGUUAAUUUUCAAGGUCCCAAACGUCCACUUGUUUAACCUAAUUUAAAUUGUGUUACUGUUUUACUGAAAUAACGACGGAAUUGCCAUUGUGGAAGUUAUCACUUUUCUUUAAACUGCAAAGUAAAAACUUAAUUUGGGCUUCUUGAACAAUGUUUAAUGUGCUACCUGUGAAAGAAAAAAAAAGUUUCAAACGUAAAGUGUGGUGUUCCUGGUUGGGCUGCACGUUGAUUACUGUAAAUCUUUUCUCAAUCUUUCGCCAUGCACUACUGCGGGAAUCUUCAGGAGUUUAAUUGAUAAUCUCACCUAGUAUCCUCAAUGUGCAAAGACUCGGGCGAGAUGACAUCAUUCAACUCGUGAAGAUGCCCGCAGUGUUGCGUGGUGACUUGAGAAAGCUCGACACACAGCAUGACCUUUAACACCACACUUGAGAUUCACGUAAAAUAUGUAAUUGAACUCACUAAAACAAUGAAUCCAUGAAUUAAUAAUGAAGAUACUGUAUAUUAAAGAAUGGGUUUAUUAUAUUUACCUGCUGUGGAUUGGAUUACAAUGCUUCUUUCGUACGUCUAAGUUUGGUCCUGCAUAUUAAAAAAACAUUGCGUCAAAAAUCAUACAUUAUUAAAUGGUGGCUUACGCAUGAAUUGCACAGCUUAUUGAAAGUCAAUUUAAUUAAUGCAAGUAUACAGUUGACUUUUUAUGAUAUUCCUUCACCACCCAGGGAUCAAUCAUGAUUUAAUCCGUACUAAAAUCAGGCUAAGAUUUAGGUGAGUGUGCAGUAAGGCAGAGGUGUGGACUCGAGGCAUGUGACUUGGACUCGAGUCAGACUCGAGUCAUGAAUUUGAUGACUUCAGACUCGACUCGGCAAAAUGUACAAAGACUUGCAACUCGACUUGGACUUGCAUAACAAUGACUUUGUCCCACCUCUGCAGUAAGCCCUCUACAGAUCUCCACUCGACGAUAAGCCGCCAAAAUAUCAAGGGAAGUAGAAUUGUGGGCUGUCAUUUAGCCAGUCGUGAUUUGCGGGAAAUUUGGAAAAUUGCGUAGACCGUUGACUCUACCCAAACUGGAGCGUUAGUUUAGCUCACAGUUUUGAGUAUCAGUAAAUAGUUUAUAAAGAACGUGUCGCCUUCCAUGAAGGUUGCGUAUGAUGGGGUUGUGAGGUUCAGAUUAAUGGAAUGGCAGUUACAGUUUCUGUUAACUUAUUGUUGUAAUCAAUAUGUCUGUUUGUGUAAGUCUACAUGGAGAACUAAUAAAGAAUGCCAAAUAUAAAUCUUUCCAUAUUGUUAUAUUCCUUUGAAAAAAUCAUUAAAUGUUACAAACAACACGU